UGUCGAUAGGUGCUGAAGAUCCAAUAUACAAUCUUGAGUUGAUUUUGUUUAUUUUUAAAUAUAAUGCAAUUUGCUUGACAUUUGGCAAGAAAAUGGUGCGAGUAUUGUUUCUUCAUCCAGAUUUGGGAAUAGGAGGCGCCGAGCGUCUCGUUGUGGACGCCGCCCUAGCACUAAAGGAGCGCGGUCACGAGGUCAGCUUUCUGACUAAUCAUCAUGACAGCACGCAUUGCUUCAAGGAAACUGCCGAUGGUAGCUUCCCCGUACAGAUUGUCGGCGAUUGGCUGCCACGCAAGCUCUUCGGACGAUUCUAUGCAAUUUGUGCCUAUGUACGGAUGAUCUAUGCGGCGUUCUAUGCCAGUUUCUUUAUGCCUGAGCGUAAGCAGGUGGAUGUGGUUGUCUGUGAUUUGAUUUCUGUGUGCGUGCCAAUAUUGAGACUGGCGCGCCAUCGGCCUCGUGUGCUCUUCUAUUGCCAUUAUCCGGAUCAGUUGCUGAGUAGUCGAGAGGGUCUGCUGAAGCGUUUAUAUCGAACACCUUUAAAUUGGCUGGAGGAGCAGACCAUUGGCCAGGCUGAUAAGGUAUUAGUGAACUCCAAGUUCACAUUGCGCGUCUUCCAGGACACAUUCCGACGGCUUCAGGUCGUUCCCGAUGUUCUUUAUCCUUCAUUGCAUACCCAGUACUUCGAUCAAAUGAUGCGAAAGCUGGAGCAGCGAUCGGCAUUGUUGGAUGAGCCUGUGCAUCCACGUGUGCCACGCAACUCCUUCAUCUACCUGGACAUCAAUCGCUAUGAACGCAAGAAGAAUCAUGCACUGGCUUUGCAUUCCCUCAACCUGCUCCGGGAUUUGCUACCCUUGCCAGAUUUCAAGAGAUGCCGUUUGAUCAUUGCCGGUGGCUAUGAUACGCGUUGCACAGAGAAUGUGGAACACUUCGCAGAGCUGGAGCAGAUCACAGCUGAUUUGCACUUAGAAGAGCACGUGGUGCUGCUGCGCUCGCCCACAGAUGAGGAGAAAUGCAAUUUGCUGUAUUCCGCACAUUGCCUGCUCUAUACGCCGGAGAACGAGCACUUUGGCAUUGUGCCACUGGAGGGCAUGUAUUUCUGCAAGCCGGUGGUCGCUCUGAACAGUGGUGGACCCACUGAAACGGUUGUGCACUCCUCCACUGGAUUUCUGUGCGAUAACCAGGAUAAAAGCUUUGGCGGUGCCAUGCAUCAGCUGUUCAAAGAUGAGGUUUUGCGUUUGAAGAUGGGCGAACUGGGCCACAAGCGAGUGCAACAAAAGUUCUCCUUUGGAGCGUUUGCGGAUCGUCUCAAUGAGAUUGUCCAGGAGUUGCUGGCAAACAAGAAAGAUGAGUGAAUAAAUGUUUAAGAGCAGCAAA